UUAAAUUCUCAAGUUGGCUGUCUUGUUUAUUGAAAUAUUGGAAGGGACCCUAACAACCAAAGAUAGGAUGCGCUCUGCCUUCUGUCCAUAAAUCCCCGCAACCUUUUAAAAAACUUAUUAACAGAUGUCUAAUAUUUGUUGCUUUCCUUUUCCCAGAUACCAGCACUGCCAUUGAAAUGCAUGCUGUUUUAUCUAGAGCAUGUCUCAUUUUUGCCUUUUUCUGUCUCUCUUCUUUCCUUCUGCUUUUCAGUGUACACGAUUCUGUCUAAGGUGCACUCUGAUCGGAAUGUAUACCCUUCUGCUGGAGUUCUUUUUGUUCAUGUUUUGGAGAGAGAGUACUUUAAGGGGGAGUUUCCUCCUUACCCAAAGCCUGGUGAAAUAAGUAAUGAUCCUAUAACAUUUAAUACCAACUUAAUGGGUUACCCUGACAGACCUGGGUGGCUACGCUACAUACAAAGGACACCAUACAGUGACGGAGUGCUGUAUGGCUCGCCGACCCUAGAAAAUGUGGGCAAACCAACCAUCAUUGAGAUCACUGCGUAUAACAGACGUACAUUUGAGACCGCAAGACAUAAUUUGAUCAUUAAUAUAAUGUCAGCAGAAGAUUUUCCUUUGCCUUAUCAAGCGGAGUUCUUCAUCAGGAAUAUGAAUGUGGAAGAAAUGCUAGCAAGUGAAGUCCUGGGAGACUUUCUUGGAGCGGUGAAGAACGUGUGGCAGCCGGAGCGCUUGAACGCAAUAAACAUCACUUCAGCCCUAGACAGGGGAGGGAGAGUUCCCCUUCCUAUCAAUGACAUGAAAGAGGGUGUGUAUGUUAUGGUCGGUGCAGAUGUUCCUUUCUCUUCAUGCUUGCGGGAGGUUGAAAACCCACAAAAUCAGCUGAGAUGCAGUCAGGAAAUGGAACCUUUAAUAACCUGCGAUAAAAAGUUUCGUACACAGUUCCAUAUUGACUGGUGCAAAAUCUCUUUGGUUGACAAUACCAAACAAGUUUCCACCUUCCAGGAAGUGAUCCGUGGCGAGGGGAUAUUACCCGAUGGUGGAGAAUACAAACCUCCUUCGGAUACACUGAAAAGCAGAGACUAUUACUCGGAUUUCCUGAUUACACUGGCAGUGCCCUCGGCAGUAGCUCUGGUGCUUUUUCUAAUACUUGCCUAUAUCAUGUGCUGCCGACGGGAAGGAGUGGAAAAGAGAAACAUGCAAACACCAGACAUUCAGUUGGUGCACCACAGUGCUAUCCAGAAGUCAACCAAAGAGCUUCGUGACAUGUCCAAGAACAGGGAGAUCGCGUGGCCCCUCUCAACGCUCCCCGUCUUCCACCCGGUCACCGGCGAGAUUGUGCCGCCCCUUCACGGGGACACCUAUGACAACACCAGCAUGCCUCUCAUGCAGACACAGCAGAACCUGCCUCAUCAAACCCAGAUUCCGCAGCAGCAGACUGCAGGAGAAUUCCGUAUGACAACAUUUCAAAGAUUUGAGGCAAGUAUAUGACACAGGCUUCUGCCCAUGUCCUUUUUUGUUACCUGGGAAUUAAAAGCACGUUU